AUGCAGUUGACGGCUAGUGAUCCUGAGAAUACACCCAGGUCCGACGUGAAUGCCUUUGAGGACAUACCACCCAAUGGCGGCUAUGGCUGGGUCUGUACAGUAUGUUCCUUCAUGAUCAUCACUCAAACGUGGGGAGUGAGCAGCGCCUGGGGAGUCAUUCUAUCCCACUAUACCUCACACUCUACCUUCCCCGGUGCACGCCGAAUCGAUUACGCCUUUAUCGGCGGCUUGAUCAUUUCAGUCGCCCUCCUCAUCGGCCCGAUUGUCUCCAUGUCCCAAAAGGUGCUCGGAACCAGAAUUACUUUGUUAAUAGGCACCGCGUGUCAAUUUGCCGGUCUCUUCGGCGCCGCUUAUGCUACUGAGAUCUGGCACCUGUUCCUCACACAGGGCAUGUGUUCGUGGUUCUCUACUCGACGGAGCUUGGCUAUGGGACUCGCCGGGUCGGGCUCUGGUAUUGGGGGUAUAGUGUACAACCUUGCUGCCAGCCGUGCUAUUGAGUCUGUUGGUGUGCGGAAGACGUAUAAGAUCUUAGCUUUCAGCGCAUUGGGAGCCAAUAUCGUCUCAUCAUUGUUAAUGAAGAGCCGCGACAAGCCUCAAACUACCCGAAAGGAGAGAACACUCGAUUGCCGCGAUCUCGCCCGCCCAGAAAUCCUGCUCAUGAUGCUUUGGGGCAUCGCCACGGAAUUCGGAUACAUCGCGUUGUGGUAUUCACUUCCCAGUUACGCUGUAUCAAUUGGCCUGAGUGCACAACAGGGAGCUGUAGCAGGCGCAAUUUUGAACUUGGGAUUGACGAUCGGUCGACCCAUCGUGGGCUACGUCAGUGACGUGUUUGGGCGGAUUACCGUUUCCACCAUUGUCACUGCGGUGUGUGGCCUACUAUGUCUCGCGAUUUGGAUUCCUGCAAAAUCGUACGCGGUGCUGUUGCUAUUUGCGCUUACCGCAGGAUCCGUUUGUGGGAAUUUCUGGGGAACCAUCACCCCUGUCGUGGCCGAGGUGGUUGGAUUAAAUAGAUUGUCCACGACGUUUACCUUGAUCUGCUUGGUAUUGGUGAUCCCGACUACCUUUGCUGAGCCUAUCGCGCUUGGGCUUGUGAAAGGUUCCAGUUAUCUUCACACACAGGUGUUUGUAGGGGGUAUGUUCUUCCUUGCUUCAGUUAGUCUGUGGAUACUUCGGUCUCUGAAGCUCUAUGAGGUGGAGAAGAAGGCAGCAGAUGAGCGACGUGGGCUUACUAUUUAUGAUUUGUCUACCUUUCCGGGAUUUGUCCGUUGGAUUGGGCUACGAAAGAUGUUCAUCUACGCUCGAGUCUGA